AACCGCAUAAUUGCAUUUGUGGUUUUGUUUCUCCUCCUCGGCUCCUCCCUAUAUAUGAGCUCGCCACUGCUGCCGCUUCUCCUCGUCCUGUACAAAACUACACACCAUCACGAGAACCUCCUCGUGGCGGCGAGCUCUCGCGACUCGACUCUCGCGUCGCGCGCGCGCACGGCGCCAUCAAUCGAUUCUCACAUCCAUCCAUCUGCCUAUCUAUCUCUCGCAAUUCUGGCGGCGCGCUGCGCGCAUAGGGGGGGAUCGAAUUUGAUCUAGUGGUGAUGGAGGCGGCGGCGGCGAUGGAGGCGGGGCGGAAGCUGGCGGCGCGGCACCCGCACGGGCGGAGCAGGACGGCGCACAACAUGUCGUCGUCGUCGCUGCGGAAGAAGUCGGACGCCGCGCUGGUGCGGAAGGUCCCCGUGGCGCCGCUCCGCCCGCUGCUCGCCAACCUCCAGGAGGUCUUCCUCGCCACCAAGCUCGCCGUCCUCUUCCCCGCCGUCCCGCUCGCCAUCGCCGCCCAGUGCUUCCGCUUCGACCAGGUGUGGGUGUUCGCUCUUAGUUUACUGGGCCUCAUCCCUCUCGCCGAGAGAGUCAGCUUCCUCACAGAGCAGAUUGCACUCUACACCGGUCCCACCGUGGGCGGGCUGCUGAACGCGACGUGCGGGAACGCGACGGAGCUGAUCAUCGCGCUGUUCGCGCUGCUCAAGGGGAAGAUCGAGGUGGUCAAGUGCUCCCUGCUGGGCUCCGUCCUCUCCAACCUCCUCCUCGUCCUCGGCACCUCCCUCUUCUGCGGCGGCGUCGUCAACCUCGGCGCCCGCCAGCCCUACGACCGCAACCAGUCCGACGUCAGCACCGCCCUCCUCUUCCUCGCCGUCCUCUGCCACUCCGCCCCGCUCCUCCUCCGCUACGCCGUCGCCGCUGGCGAGCACUCCGUCUCCGCCACCUCGGCCGCGGCGUCCCUCGACCUCUCCCGCGCCUGCAGCUUCGUCAUGCUGGCGUCCUACGUCGCCUACCUCUUCUUCCAGCUCAAGACGCACCGCCAGCUGUUCGAGCCGCAGGAGGUGGACGGCGGCGACGCCGGGGACGACGACGAGGAGCCGGCGCUCGGGUUCGCCAGCGCGCUCUUCUGGCUCGCCCUCAUGACCGCCGUCAUCUCCGUCCUCUCCGAGUACGUCGUCGGCACCAUCGAGCCCACCUCGCAGUCAUGGGGCCUCUCCGUCAGCUUCAUCAGCAUCAUCCUCCUCCCCAUCGUCGGCAACGCCGCCGAGCACGCCGGCGCCAUCAUCUUCGCGCUCAAGAACAAGCUGGACAUCACUCUUGGGGUAGCUCUGGGAUCGGCCACCCAGAUAUCCAUGUUCGUGGUGCCACUGAGUGUGCUCGUGGCCUGGAUCAUGGGGGUCCAAAUGGAUCUUGACUUCAAGCUGCUAGAGACCGGCUCUCUGUUCAUGGCGGUGCUGGUGACGGCCUUCACCCUGCAGGAUGGAACAUCACAUUACCUGAAGGGGAUUCUCCUCCUCCUGUGCUACAUUGUCAUCGGCGCAUGUUUUUUCGUUGCAAGACAACCUGCAGGCCAUGCAAACAGCAAUGGAGCCUUGCUGGAUGUACCAACCGGUUCCAUGAGUGUUCAGGCCGCAUGAUGGAUCAAGAUGUCUCCUGAACAAAACAUGGAGGACAGCAAGCAAUGUACCUUGGCUGUCAAGUCACUUGGGAGGGUAGCUCUUCAUGUGCCAGCAAGACAGAUCAUCAUGAUCAUCAGAGUUUCCUGAAGGGAUGCAUUGGAAGUUGCACGGAAUGCAUGUCAAGGUGUUACUAAUCCUUAUAGGAUAAGGAUGCAAUAAGGAUAUCCAUAUAUAUUUGUGCCCAAUCCUAUACCCAGUGUACAUGAGCACAUUUGUUCCAUCUAUGCAGCUCUCAAUAAGAUAGUAUUUGCGGUACAAAUCUAUGCUCUCCUAAGUCCUAACAGGGUGAUGAUGUAAGAGCAGAUCAUGUUUAUGUCUGCAACUCUACUUCUCUAUUUCAUCUUAAAACUAGAAUGUUUUUCACCAUGAUCCGAUAAUGAAGUGACAACUGCCGAGGUUUCAAGCA